GUUAUUGACAUAUUAGAAGUGUCAGUUGUGGUUUCGAUCAAAAAUGGCUUCGUUGGUGAAUGUUUUGCUCCGGAAAAGUUUAAAUUCUAGCCCUUCCAAGGCGUUAUUAACGAAUAUACCUGCUAUUUAUAAUGUGAAUUCACAACGGAAUGCUCACCGAUGGAUGCCAGACAAGGCAUUCAUAGAUCAGUUCGGGGGCCCUGUCAUGUACCCGGAAGGACCACUGGCUCUUCUGAAACAUCCACCUUAUGACAGUAUUGUAAGGCCAACUGAAAAACAAGUGAAGAACAUGUUUUUGAAUUUUGGCCCUCAACAUCCGGCUGCUCACGGUGUGCUGCGACUGGUCCUCGAAUUGGACGGUGAGACGGUUCGCUCAGCCGACCCUCACAUUGGUCUUCUCCACCGUGGUACGGAGAAGCUGAUUGAGUACAAAACAUACACACAAGCGCUACCAUACUUUGACAGAUUGGACUAUGUGUCCAUGAUGUGCAAUGAACAGUGCUACAGUUUGGCGGUGGAGAAACUACUCAACAUUGAUAUUCCUCUGAGAGCAAAAUACAUCAGAACCCUUUUUGCUGAGAUAACCCGUCUGCUCAACCACAUCGUGGCUGUGGGCUGUCACGCGCUGGACGUGGGUGCGAUGACGCCGUUCUUCUGGCUGUUCGAGGAGCGCGAGAAGAUGAUGGAGUUUUACGAGCGCGUCAGCGGAGCCCGUAUGCACGCCGCGUAUGUCCGCCCCGGGGGCGUGUCGCUUGACAUGCCGCUCGGUCUGAUGGACGACAUCUACGAGUUCGCGAGCAAGUUCGGCGAGCGGCUGGACGAGAUGGAGGACGUGCUGACCACCAACCGCAUCUGGGUGCAGCGGACCAAGGAUGUGGGCAUCGUCACUGCACAGGACGCCCUCAACUACGGCUUCAGUGGUGUGAUGCUCCGUGGGUCGGGCAUCAAGUGGGAUCUGCGCAAGAGUCAGCCGUACGACGCCUACCACCUUGUCGACUUUGACGUACCCAUCGGUACAUACGGCGACUGCUAUGACAGAUACCUGGUCCGCGUGGAGGAGAUGCGUCAGUCGCUUCGCAUCAUCGAGCAGUGCCUCAACCAGAUGCCGGCGGGCGAGAUCAAGACGGACGACGCCAAGCUCACGCCGCCCUCGCGCGAGGAGAUGAAGACCUCCAUGGAGGCACUCAUACACCACUUCAAGCUGUUCACACAGGGUUACCAGGUGCCGCCCGGAGCGACGUACACGGCUGUGGAGGCGCCGAAGGGCGAGUUCGGCGUAUACCUCGUGUCCGACGGUGGAUCCAAACCCUACAGAUGCAAGAUCAAGGCCCCGGGCUUCGCCCACCUGGCCGCGUUGGAAAAGGUCGGCAAGAACUCCAUGUUGGCCGACAUCGUCGCGAUCAUCGGCACGCUCGAUGUCGUCUUCGGCGAGAUCGACCGAUAAGUCGUACGACUAGAUUAAGUGUAAUCCGACACGACACGAUUUCGGUCAUUAAUUUCGAAUACUGGGCUACUGUCUAAAGGUGAGCGUCCACUGGAUCGCAAUCUGAGCGUACGCAGCGGACGGAUUUGUUGCUUUGUAUUGAUUUUUAUGGUACUGCGU